ACCCCAUUUUCCAGCUGUCCCUCAGUCGGUCGGGAUUUCAGAGCCAAGGGAGAAUCACCGAAGCGGGUUUUAGUGAUAAACCAGCACAUUCUGGGGGAAGAUACCGCAUUUUAUGGCUGCAUAAACACGCAACGAGCUACUCUAUCCGGGAUUUAACGAUGGAAACUGAACUAUGAGGUGUUGUGACGCUUCAGAAGACUGAGUGAACCAUGGCACAGUUCCCAACCACAUUCACAGGUCCAGAUGUGUUUCUGAUCUCCGUGGAUGAGAGAGCCAAACAUGACCAGCAGUUUCACAGCCUCUCUCCGACUGCCGGCGGUUACAUCACAGGUGACCAGGCCAGGAACUUUUUCCUCCAAUCAGGGCUGCCGCCACCCAUCCUGGCCCAAAUAUGGGCUCUGGCCGAUAUGAACAGCGAUGGCCGGAUGGAUAUCCACGAGUUCUCCAUCGCCAUGAAACUCAUCAAACUGAAACUCCAGGGUCACCCUCUGCCCCCAACGCUGCCUCCCAGUAUGAAACAACCCCCGCUGUCUUUACCCCCACAGACAGGCUUCGGCCUGCCCCCCAUGGCUCCUCUCCCAAACCCUCUACCUGGUGUGCCUCCUCUCCCCCUGCCUCCCCUACCUGUUGGGGUGUCUCCCCCUCUCGUCUCGUCGGCGCCGCCUCCCCUCCCGCAGCCCAUCGCCAAUGGAGCUCCGCCCACCGGCAUGAUGCAGCCAAUCUCAGGCUUCUCCCACCCAGCAGCUCCUUCUGUCAACAAGUCUUCUUCGUUUAAUCGUUCCAGCACCAAGCUGCAGAAGGGCUCGUCCUUUGAUGCUGCUGGUGCCCAGCCGCCCCCUGACUGGGCUGUUCCUCAGUCCUCCCGGCUGAAGUACCGACAGCUUUUUAACUCCCACGACAAGAUGAUGAGUGGACACCUCACAGGUCCGCAGGCUCGAACUAUCCUGAUGCAGUCCAGUCUUCCUCAAAGCCAGCUGGCUACGAUAUGGAGUCUGUCGGACAUCGACCAGGAUGGAAAGCUAACAGCUGAGGAGUUUAUCUUGGCUAUGCACCUCAUAGAUAUGGCGAUGUCGGGGUUACCGCUGCCCCCUGUGUUACCACCAGAUUACCUCCCACCAACGUUCAGGCGGGUUCGAAGCGACAGCGUUCAGUCAGACCAAAAGAGCGUCCAGGAGGAGGUGGAGGAGGAAACUGAGAGCAGCCUGGAGAAGAAACUGCCAGUGACGUUUGAGGACAAGAAGAGGGAGAACUUUGAGCGAGGAAACCUGGAGUUGGAGAAGAGACGUCAGGCUUUGCAGGAGCAGCAGAGGAAAGAACAGGAGAGGCUGGCGGCACUGGAGAGAGAGGAGCAGGAAAGAAAGGAGCGGGAACGUCUGGAGCAGGAGAGGAGGCGACAACAGGAACUAGAAAAACAACUGGAAAAACAAAGAGAGCUGGAGAGGCAGAGAGAAGAGGAGAGACGUAAAGAGAUAGAGAGGAGAGAGGCUGCUAAGCGAGAAUUGGAACGCCAGCGUCAGUUAGAAUGGGAGCGUCAACGUCGUCAGGAGCUUCUGACUCAAAGAAACCGAGAACAGGAGAGUAUAGUGCUGCUCAAAGCCAGGAAGAAGACGCUGGAGUUUGAACUGGAAGCUCUGAAUGACAAGAAGACCCAGCUGGAAGGUAAACUGAAAGACGUUCGGUUUCGUCUGUCAGCUCAGCGGAGGGAGGUGGAGCAAACCAACCAGACCAGAGAAACACGCAUCGCUGAAAUCACGCUGCUACAACAGCAGCUACAGGACUCCCAGCAGUGGCUGGGGAGGCUGAUUCCUGAUAAACAGAGUCUCAAUGACCAGCUGAAGCAGGUCCAACAGAACAGUCUGCACCGUGAUAGUCUGUCGUCGCUGCAGAAGGCCGUUGAGCAGAAAGAAACCAGCCGACAGCAGCUCAGAGAGCAGCUCGAUGCCGUGGAGAGAGAGACGAGGGCCAAACUGCUGGAAAUAGACGCUUUCAACACCCAGCUGAAGUCUCUGUGUGAGUUCUAUGCCAACCACUGUGCCAGGAUAGAAGCCCUGCGACGCCAGCUUCAGGACGAACAGAGAGGGAGACAGGAGCUGAGGGAGAUCCACAGCCGGCAGCAGCGGCAGAAACAGAAGGAGCUGGAAGGCGACACACACACACUCGCACACACACACCCGCACAUGCACACACCCAUCGACAGGAAGUCGGUCGAGCUGCAGGAGAGCAGGUUGUCGUCGGACGAAAGCGUUGCCUGGAGGGAUGAGGCAGGAAGUUCCGCCCCUAAAGCUCCAAGCCCCGCCUCCAUCUCCACCCCCCAUGCCUGGUUAAACAGAGUGACUCAGGAAGAGGAGGAGAGGAAGAGGAGAGGCAUGGAGGACGAUGAGGAGGGCAGGAAGGCGGCAGGAUCCAUAGGAGACAAGGAGGAAGAAGGAAGAGGCAAGAAGGACAUGCAGGAUAAACUAAACAAGCUGUUCAGCCAACCAGCCGACCCCUGGGCUUCAGCAGAAAAGACUCCAUGUCCCAGUCUGUUUGACCAGAAAGCUCCGGUCAGCAGCUUCGACCAGCAGCAGCCGGUGAAGGUGGUUUACUACCGAGCUCUGUAUCCGUUUGACGCUCGCAGCCACGACGAGAUCAGCAUCACUCCUGGAGAUGUGAUCAUGGUGAAGGGGGAAUGGGUGGAUGAGUCCCAGACAGGUGAGCCCGGUUGGCUGGGAGGUGAACUCAGAGGAAGGACUGGUUGGUUUCCAGCCAAUUAUGCAGAACGGAUACCGGACAGCGAAGCACCAAUCAGCCUGCGAGCCACAGCCUCGGCUACGCCCACCUCGGCCCAGCAGCCAAUGACGAUGCCUCCUCCAGCACCUGGACACACCUCCUCUUCCACAUCAUCUGCGAACAGCAACUGGGCAGAUUUUAGCACUACUUGGCCGUCGAACACAGCCAGCCAAUCAGACAGCGAGGGAUGGGACGCCUGGCCGACCUCCUCGACCAGUCAGAAUCCGUCUCUCAGCGUUCCCUCGGCGCAGCUACGGCAACGCUCCGCCUUCACACCCGCUACCAUGACGACGGGUUCCUCUCCAUCACCUGUACUGGGACAGGGAGAGAAGGUCGAAGGUCUUCAGGCUCAGGCUUUGUAUCCCUGGAGAGCCAAGAAGGACAACCACCUGAACUUCAACAAGAAUGAGAUCAUCACAGUGUUGGAGCAGCAGGACAUGUGGUGGUUGGGUGAACUUCAGACCGGACAAAGAGGCUGGUUUCCUAAAAGUUACGUCAAGCUCAUCUCGGCCACCAUGACGGCGGCUUCUGGUGUAGCAGCGCGAAGCAAAAACACCAGUGAAUCUGGAGUUUCAGAAAGCCCCCCCAAUGGAAAACGUCCCUCACCGUCCCCAACGAAACCCUCAGAUUCCGGUGAAGAAUACAUCGCCAUGUACACCUAUGAGAGCAGCGAACAGGGAGACCUGAGCUUCCAGCAGGGUGACAUCGUCAUGGUGACCAGGAAAGAAGGGGAUUGGUGGACAGGGAUGGUGGGGGGGAAGACGGGAGUCUUCCCCUCCAACUACGUCAAACCACGAGACUCAACAUCAGAGUCUCUGGGACCAGCAGGGAAGACUGGCAGCCUCGGGAAGAAACCAGAGAUAGCUCAGGUGAUCGCCCCCUAUAGUGCGACGGGAGCAGAGCAGCUGACGUUAGCUCCAGGUCAGCUGAUCCUCAUCAGGAAAAAGAACCCUGGAGGCUGGUGGGAGGGAGAGCUGCAGGCUCGGGGAAAGAAGCGUCAGAUUGGUUGGUUUCCAGCCAAUUAUGUGAAGCUGCUCAGUCCCAGCACCAGCAAGACGACGCCCACAGAGCCCACGCCUCCCAAACUGGCUCCUGCUAGUACAGCUCUGUGUCAGGUGAUCGGCAUGUACGACUACGUGGCGCAGAACGACGACGAGCUGGCCUUCCAGAAGGGUCAGGUGAUCACCGUGCUCAACAAGGACGACUGUGAUUGGUGGAAAGGGGAGCUGAACGGGAGGGAGGGGCUGUUUCCUAGCAACUACGUCAAACUGACCACAGACACCGACCCGAGCACGCAGUGGUGCGCCGACCUCCACCUGCUGGACAUGCUCAGUCCGAUGGAGAGGAAGCGGCAGGGCUACAUCCACGAGCUCAUCGUCACCGAGGAGAACUACGUCAACGACCUGCAGCUCGUCACCGAGAUCUUCCACAAGCCUCUGCUGGAGUGUGAGCUGCUGACGGAGAAGGAAGUGGCCAUGAUCUUCGUCAACUGGAAGGAGCUCAUCAUGUGCAACAUCAAACUCCUCAAAGCUCUGAGGGUGAGGAAGAAGAUGUCGGGUGAUCGGAUGCCUGUGAAGAUGAUCGGCGACAUUCUGACCAACCAGCUUCCUCACAUGCAGCCGUACAUCAGGUUCUGUUCGUGUCAACUGAACGGAGCGACGCUGAUCCAACAGAAAACCGACGACAACCCCGAGAUCAAAGAUUUCCUCAAGAGGUUAGCCAUGGAUCCCAGGUGUAAGGGGAUGCCUCUGUCCAGUUUCCUGCUCAAACCCAUGCAGAGAGUCACCCGAUACCCUCUGAUCAUCAAAAAUAUCUUAGAAAACACUCCAGAGUCUCAUCCAGAUCACAGUCAUCUGAAAGCUGCUCUGGAGAAAGCUGAGGAACUCUGCUCACAGGUGAACGAAGGCGUCCGAGAGAAAGAAAACUCUGAUCGACUGGAGUGGAUUCAGGCUCAUGUUCAGUGUGAAGGACUGUCAGAGCAACUGGUGUUUAACUCGGUCACCAACUGUUUGGGUCCCAGGAAGUUCCUCCACAGCGGGAAACUGUUCAAAGCUAAAAGCAGCAAAGAGCUCUACGGAUUCCUGUUCAAUGACUUCCUGCUGCUGACUCAGGUGACCAAACCUUUGGGCUCAUCAGGUUCAGAUAAAGUCUUCUCCUCUAAAACACACCUGCAGUAUCGUAUGUACAAGACGCCGAUCUUCCUGAAUGAAGUGUUAGUGAAGCUGCCGACGGACCCGUCAGGAGACGAACCUUUGUUCCACAUUUCUCAUAUAGACAGAGUUUAUACACUCAGAGCUGAGAGCAUCAAUGAAAGGACGGCUUGGGUUCAGAAAAUUAAAGCAGCUUCAGAGCUCUUCAUUGAGACGGAAAAGAAGAAGAGGGAGAAGGCUUAUUUAGUUCGUUCUCAGAGGGCUACAGGUAUCGGGAGGCUGAUGGUCAACAUUGUGGAAGGAAUCGAGCUCAAACCCUGUCGUUCCCAUGGUAAAAGUAACCCGUACUGUGAGGUGACCAUGGGUUCCCAGUGCCAUAUCACAAAAACACUACAGGACACAUUGAAUCCCAAGUGGAACUCCAACUGUCAGUUUUUUAUUAAGGACCUGGAACAGGACGUCCUCUGUGUCACUGUGUUUGAACGAGAUCAGUUCUCACCCGACGACUUCCUGGGCAGGACGGAGAUCCGAUUGGCCGAAAUAAAGAAGGACCAGGGCUCUAAAGGACCAAUCACAAAGCGGCUGCUGCUCCAUGAGGUUCCCACUGGAGAGAUCGUCGUCCGGCUGGACCUGCAGCUGUUUGAAGAACCGUAGAACCCGAGCCGACUGGACCGGACUGGAACUAAGAGAUGUGACAGUUGGCUGGAUUAGACUGGACUGGGAGGACAGACUGGUCUGGAUUCUCUCAUUUAUCAGUUUAUUUAUGGCAGCAGAGUCGACUAAGGAAGAGUUUAUGUCUUUUGAAGUUAAAACAACAAAAAAAGAGAACAUUUAUCAGAUCAGAAACAGGCAGCUGGUGUCUCGAGGCAAUAAAAACCUCCUUAGUGUCCAUAUUUAUGGAAAUCAAUCAGAGCCUCCUAUUAAUUUUUUUGUUUACAAUAGCUUUUGUACGUUUAAAGGAAGACGUGCAAAAUUCAUACGAUGAAUAUUUUCAUAGAGGUGAGUUGAUAUUUCACAUUACUGUAGCAUUUAUUAAAAAUCAUUAGACACGGAAGGGAUCACGACUGGAAUCGUCCUAAUUUUAAAAUACAUAUCAGUUUUCUGAGAUAAAUAUCCUGUAAAUCUAAAUCCAGAACAGCAUCUGAAGGUUCUCUUAACCCUCUGAACUCCAAGAAGUUUCUUUUUUUUUUUUUUUUAAUCCUGUUGCAUUUUUCUUCACUUUGGUUCAUUUUUCAAUGCAACCUAAAGGCCUGCAGCUCUACAGAAACAGAACAUCCAUGACGGAAGAGAGAGAACUCAAUCCUAAAAAAAAAGAAAUAACGAAAAUAUCAUUUAUUUGAUUUUCUGUUAUACAAUUUUUAAAAAAUGGAAUCAAUCUGUCCAACAUUUUUCCAUAUAUCUACAAGUGUUAGCAAUAAUGGAAAAAAUGGUAAAUCUACAUGCUAUAGAUUUUCGAUUUGUUUCCAUACUUGUCUGCUCUGUGUAAACACAGCCUGCAGUUCAGCUGAAAACUCUGUGAAUUUUUAUUAGGUGACUCUUGAUUACAGCUGAGUCACUAAUAGCUUCCUGAUCGCAGUGAGAAGCGCAGAAUUUUUUGUUUUUUGUAGAAUCUGAUUAGAUCAAGCGGUUUAUUUUUGGCGAUUUUUUAAAUAAGACCCGUAGAAUAAAGUUAAGUUUUCACAGAUGAGCAGUUCAAGGACUGUCGGAAAGCUGAAAAUCAACCCUUCUUUGUGUUUUUAGAGCUUCUGUCUGAUAAAAUCAACACGUCUCUUAAACCCGCCGGCGGGUUUUGGGGUUCAGAGGGUUAAACUCGCAUCAUGAACGUCUUAAACACAACACAAAGUCUUAAAUUCAGACUUUCUGGUCUUAAAAAUGUUGCUGUUUCGUGGUUUCGUAGUGAGAAAUGGUACCAGAGCAGUCAUGAUGAGAAUCCAGGACCAGUUUCUCCUCCCGUCCGGUCCAGCUUCCUCAGUACUGAGUCCAGUCUCGGUCUUUACUGUUUCCUCUCCGGUGACAAUCCCAGAACUCCUUCUUUAUCCGAGCAAACCCAAACCUGUGUGAGUGUGAAGCUGCUGUGAAUGACGGUACGAGUGUUGAGAUGGACGGCUAACGAAUUCACGGUUCAGUCUAGGUUUUAUUUUAUUUUUUAAGUCUUACGGUCGACUCCUUGGACUCUCAGCUCUGAGGUUCUGCUUGUGAACGUCUGUUUUCAUCGAACACUCGCCUCACUAUCUCAGAAAAGUGCUAAUAUGUACAGGUUUAAUGAGAAAUGCUAACGAUGCUAACGAGCUGAAAUAAUAGAGAUUUUACCGCAGAGUGUUUUGGUGAACGACAGACGAGUUUCUUCCACAUGCAGCUGGAGUAAUAAUGCUGGUGAUAAUGAUUUAAACUGAGGUACUGUAAAGAAGAAUGUCUUAACUUUUCUUAUUCUGUUGAUUCCACAUCUGGACUCGGAUGUCGAACGAAGUCGAGGCUCGACGCUGGAUUUGGGCCUCGAACAGACUCAGCGCUGCUUCGACGUACUUUGUAGGAACGGUGUUUUUAGAACAUUUCUGCUCUUUAACCCACGAGGAGGCUCCGAUUAGAAGUAACUUUACCGUCAUCGGCACUCCCAGCACUUUGAAACAGACACUGAAGCCGAGAAGGAAGCGACUAAAGUGACUCGGCGGCCAUUUUGAAAAUCGAAGUAGGAAAGUUUACCUGGAAGACGAAGCAGACGGCUAAAGAACAGGGAUGUGGGGUUUUUUGUUUUGUUUUUCUUACCAUAAACAUGAAAACGCCAGAAACGGGAACGAGUUUGUCCAUCUGGAGUGAAUACUUGACUCAACUCCCUAAACUUUAAGGAUCAUUUUAGGGUUAAAUAAUCCAAUGAUUUGAGUUAAAUUGACUCCUUGAGGGACUAUAGCAGGUUACUCAAGGAACUCCUCAGAAAAGUUCUCCAAAGAACCAUUUUAUGGGCUUUGGGCUUCCAUUUUGACCUCUUUAUUGUCAUUAUUAUCAAUAUUAUGACAUUUUUACCCCCAAACUUAAGAAAAAAAUUAUCAUACAUGUUCCUAAAUAAAAUAGAGAAACUUUUUUUUUUUUUUAACAUUUAAGCUCUUCAGGACUUUGGCAUUAGUGUCAGACAGUAUCCUGAUUUAAAAUACAAAACCAGCCCCUUCAACUUGCAUUUAGUAGGUAACGCUGCCAAUAUUGUUCCAAAGAGUUCUUUAAUUUAAUGCCCAACAAACUAUGACUUCAAAUAUUUCCUCAGUAUUUGACUACAAUUCAGCAUCUUAAUACUUUCAGUUUUGUUGUUGCUUUGUCAUAAAAUUAACCAUUUUAUUAUAGAUAUAUGUUGAAAUUUUGGAAUAUACACAGUUAUGACAAUGUUUUAAAGCUUAAAAACAAUAAUGAUGAAGUUAAAUGCAGGUGUAAAGUCUCAGUAGUACAAGAUCAAACAGAUGAAUCCACAUUUACCCAGUUCAGAAAAAUAAAGGUAGCAGCUAAUUUGCAUCACGUCGGUGGGCAAAACGCAACCACAGAACAAAAAGUGCAAACUGUAGAUGUAAUGUUUAGGGUAAACUACAGAAAAUGAACAGUUUGCAUUAACUUCUUUUAGUUAUGACAACUUCUAAUUUAAUUAUGUUCAACCAACAAACUAUAUUGAGUUGUAGGAAUUAGCCUUAAAUGACUAAUUACUUGACUAUGAAACAUUCUAUCUAAAGGUUUUAUUGCUCAGAUCUGUAAUUUUAGUUAUAAUUGGUUCCGUGUUGGAGGCAUAGCUUCGAGUUAUUUAAAAGCAGCUUCAGUCUUCCAGGUAAACUCCACCCACCUGACAUUUCAAAAUGGCCGCCGCAGUAUUCAGAGAGCAUUUCGGUUCCUUCGGAGAGCUUGUAGUUAGCUAGUUAGCUUUGGCCAGUUAGUAAAACUCUAGUUAGCGUUUUAAUUUAACGCACGGUUCCAGUAACGUACUGAAUUACCUUAGACAACAGUUACCUUAGCGACCAGCCACUGUCCAAUCAGACGUCAGCGAGGCGCCAGCAGUGAACGAAUGGUUGUGUUUCUGUAGACUGAUGACGAAGGUGUGUUACCUCCCUCCUCCUCCUCCUCCUCCUCCUCCUCCUCCUGAAACUAGCGAUGAGUCUGAAGCCGUUCUUACUGUUACCUUCCAGGUUGUGUAUAAUACUGCUGUUAUCUGAGAGUUAAUAUAUGAGGCGACCGACAGCCUGCUGUUAAUUAUCACUGUAGAACAUGAUGUACGUUGUUGUCUUUCAAUGUUCAGAAUAAACUUCAGUUGGACCAAUAACAAA